UUUGAAGUUAGUCAUUAACUGAGUAUUUUCAGGCAUUUAGUUGGGUUCACCAAGACAAAAAGCCUUCCAAUGUAAAGUGUUACAACUGGAUUUUUCUGGACAAAUCAUUUUUGAAGGUGAAGGCUUGAAGAAUGAUGAAGACCUGCAGUUGUUGCUUAAUAUUUCUCAUGGCUACAUGUUAUAUGGAAGUGCCCAGCUCCUCAGUAUUUUUACCAAAAAACCAUGCCAGUGAUGUAUUGAGAAUUAGAAAACGGGCUAAUUCCUUCUUGGAAGAGCUUAAAGCUGGAAAUUUGGAAAGAGAAUGUAUGGAAGAAGACUGCGUAUUUGAAGAGGCAAACGAGAUUUACGGUUCACUGGAUAAAACUCUGGUAUUUUGGAACAAGUAUGUUGAUGGUGAUCAGUGCGACCCUGAUUUAUGUCUCAAUAAUGCUACUUGCCAAGAUUUGAUUGGUGGCUACCAAUGUCACUGUGCUGAGGAAUUUGAUGGCCCUCAGUGCCAAUAUGUACUGCUGGCAACAAACUGCUCUGACAAUUACGGUUACUGCGCUCAUUUUUGCCGUGAAAUUCCAGAGAGAAACAGACGGGAGUGUUCAUGUGCAGCUGGCUACAAACUAAGUGAAGAUGGAAUCUCCUGCAAUGCAUCAGAUAAAUAUCCUUGUGGGCUACUGAAAGGAAUUCAAGUGCUGCAAGGCCAUUACAAUGCAAAAGGAAAUGGAAAGAUGAAAGGAAAUGAGAAAGGCGAAGGCAAAGGUCCAGGCCCUGGUAACGCAAACAGCAGGGGCAUGAUCAAAGGAGAAGGGCACCCACUGGGCCCACGAAUCAUAAAAGGGAGGGUAAUGCCGAAAGGUGGCAGUCCGUGGCAGGUCCUUCUUAUGAAUGCAAGUGGAAAAUUCAUCUGUGGUGGUGUGCUGAUUCAUCAGUUUUGGGUGCUGACUGCUGCUCAUUGUGUAUUUAAAGGAGGUCGAUUUCGAGUAAAACUUGGUGAGCAUAACCGAACAGUCAAUGAACACACUGAGGAUACUAUUCAGGUAAACACUGUGUACGUUCACCCCAGCUUCAGUAUCGCAAAUAUGGACAGUGACAUUGCUCUUCUCCAACUGUCUGAGGUUGCUGUCUUCAGUGAUUACAUUAUACCGGUGUGCUUGCCCACCAAAGAAAUGGCAGAGAGAAAGCUACUCAUUGCCAACAAGUCCGUGGUGAUCACAGGCUGGGGCGCUAUAGAUGAAAAUGAUGAUAGUGUCCGCCCUAGUACUCUGUUAUUCAUCAAUAUCAAAUUGACCUCUUACAAGCUGUGCAAGGAGAAGUUAAAAGAUAAAGUGACGAGCAACAUGAUCUGUGCAGGAAACCCAGGUUCCAGAAAAGAUGCCUGCAAAGGAGACAGCGGUGGACCUAUGGUCACUUUAAUGAAUGGCACGUGGUUUCUGCUAGGACUGGUCAGCUGGGGAGAAGGAUGUGGUCGCUUCCAAACAUUUGGUGUGUACACCAAAGUGACCAAUUACCUAGACUGGAUGUAUUCAAUAAUCAACUCUGUUUCCAGACUGCUAGCAGUUCAUCAAUCUCCACAAUGCCAGUUGGGACAUUAUGUAACAGGUACACAAAACAUAGGGUCCUCGAAAAAGCAGCACUGCAAGUGGUCAAUGGGGAAAUCUUCAAUGGCUUUGCCUACCAUUUGUAAAAUAUUCACUGGGAAUCUGAAAGAUGUAUCACUCGUGAAUUCUAAUUGUUCUAUACCAGUGUUAGAGAGAAAGCAAAGGGAGUCUACCAAUAAUGAAGUAUCUCUUGUGUAUGAAGUUGGUGGUAGGGUUUACAAUCAGUCCCUGAAGAUGUGGGAAUACCAUUGGUGCUGGGCGUUGCUGAUGCUGGUGAGCUGCACAGGUGAUGUAAAGAGCUCAGCAUUUUACCUGAAGGAUGAAGCAAACAGAGUGCUGAGAGUUCAGAAGCGAGCAAACUGGUUCUGGGAAGAGAUUAAGCCAGGUUCUCUGGAGCGAGAAUGCUAUGAGGAAUCCUGCUCAUUUGAGGAAGCAGAAGAAAUUUACAAAUCUCGAGAGAGAACCAUGGAGUUCUGGUUUACAUACAAGAAUCUGAACCCUUGCAAAUCGUCACCAUGCUUAAAUGGUGGUUUGUGUCGGGCCUCAAGCUACAAUUACAUCUGUCUCUGCCCUCCACUGUGGAAAGGAGAGAAUUGUGAAACAGAAAAUCUGGAUUGUCAAUAUAAGAACGGUUACUGUCAGCAGUAUUGCAACAUCGACAAGGCAACAAACUGGCCAAAAUGCAGCUGUGCUGAAGGUUAUCGACUAAAUGAAGACCGACAGACCUGUGUUAAAAUUGUCACAUAUCCGUGUGGGAAGAUACCUCUGUAUGGUACACAAACUCGCUCCCUGGACGAGGAACUUUCUCUCAAUGAAACAGACACGGAUUCUGACUAUUUAGCGAAGUUAAAUUACACUGAGGAUGUUCAUACACGAAUUGUUGGUGGAGAUCUUUGUAGACGAGGUCACUGUCCUUGGCAGGUAUUGAUAAAUAAUAAAUAUGAUUAUGGCUUCUGCGGUGGGAGUUUGAUUAACAGUCGUUGGGUUGUGACUGCAGCUCACUGUUUUGACACAGUGGUGCCAUACUCAGUUACAGCAGGUGAAUUUGACAAACUUCGAACAGAGAUCUGGGAACAGAAGGUUUUAGUGAAGAAAUUUCUAGUACAUCCUCAGUAUGACCCAAUACUGUAUGACAAUGACAUUGCUCUUUUGUACUUGAGUCAGCCUGUGAAUUUUAGCUUUUCCAUUGCUCCAAUUUGUCUACCCAACCACAACCUGGGCCAGCUCCUACUGCAGAAUGGGAAAGUGGGGACAGUGAGUGGCUGGGGCUCAACCUACGAAAGAGGCCGGUCAUCCCGAUUCUUGAGGCGAGUCCAAGUUCCAUACGUUGAACAGGAGGUUUGCAUGAAGUCAACCAAUUUGACAGUUACGGAUAAUAUGUUCUGUGCUGGAUACAAAGUUGACAAUAUGGAUUCCUGUCGAGGUGACAGUGGAGGGCCCUAUGCUGUUUUAUAUCGACAAACAUGGUAUUUGAUUGGCAUAAUUAGCUGGGGUGAGGGUUGUGCCAAAGUAGGAAAAUAUGGCAUGUACACAAGGGUACCUGGUUACUUGACAUGGAUAGAUGAAACUUUAUCACAGCAUAGCUACUAAGACAUUGCUCAGAAUUCAAUCAUUAAUUAUCAUGAACAACAGCACAAGAGAAAGUGCAGAUACGUCAAAAGCACUCAGUCACAGGAAAAUCAUCUCAGCCAGUCACAAAAGUACAACAGAUAAUAGGAACUGCAGAUGCUGGAGAAUCUGAGAUGACAAGGUGUGGAGCUGGAUGAACACAGCAGGCCAAGCAGCAUCUUAGGAGCAGGAAAGCUGAUGUUUCGGGCCUAGAUGAAGGGUCUAGGCCCGAAACAUCAGCUUUCCUGCUUGGCCUGCUGUGUUUAUCCAGCUCCACACCUUGUUAUCACAAAAGUACAAUUUAACUUUAUUUGGAAGAUUAGUAUAGGUUAUUUAUCAGUAGGUGGUAUAGUCAAUAUUAUUGGAGCUUAGAAAUUUCUGCUUUGGCAUUCACUACUUGUAGUGCUCAAUUCACUCAAUGGAUCAUUUCUGUUGAAAACACCUUUGCACUUUAACAUUGAAACAAAUGCCAUUCACAUAGAUGGGAAAGAACUGAAGCUCGUGGCAGUAAACUAUAACAUACCAUUGAUCAACGGUCCCCCAAGAUUACAAUCUGAUUUGAACUGGUAGAGUUUAGGCAGAUUUCACUGGUUCUGCAGUAUAAAGUGUGGCAAUAUCAUGGAAUAUGAUUUUAUGUUGCCUUAGAGUUUAAAUUAGCUUUCGAGUUUUAAUUUGCAAUCUAACACUUACAUGCAGUUUGGAUCCAAAACAAAUAAAUUGCUCUGCAAAAACUGUA